UUCAAGUGUUUCUCUUUUCGGGAUGUUUAUCUCCCUUCUUUUUCCUUUCGGCAUUCUGUAAUUUUCCCCUUUGUCUUUCCACGUUCCAUCACCUCCAAAAUCUCUGUGACUCUCAGAGAGAUUGCUACAUCAGGUUUAUCAUUCCGUUAUUGAAUCCGUCAAAACCUUCGCUUCUUCUUCUUCCCCAUCUCUCUAGCUCUCUCUCUCUCUCUGCAAUGGGACGUAAACUUUGCUAUUUUGCCGUCUCUCUUCUCUGUCUCUUUUUGAGCUCCACCCAGUUGAAACUCAUGGCCGAAGGUAGACCAAUUUCCUCACCUUCAUCCCAGACAGUAGUAAGAGAAGAAAAGGCAACGUUGAGAGCCCAGAUAGGAUCAAGGCCUCCGAGGUGCGAGAGACGUUGCAGCACAUGCGAGCACUGUGAAGCUAUCCAGGUCCCCGCAAAUCCUCAAGCACAAAACGGGCACAGAAACUUUUCCAGUCUCUCAAAUAUUGCAUAUGCAAGAGGCGCUGACAAUUCAAACUACAAGCCCAUGAGUUGGAAGUGCAAAUGUGGGAACUUCAUCUUCAACCCAUAACCAAAUUGCAUUACAGUAAUUUCCAGGCGAAGAGUAAUUAAGAUACCUAUUUUUCAACCCUGUAAAUCAAUCAUAGUCAAGGUAAAGUAAUUUUUGUGUGUGUUUUUUUUUUGUUAGGAUCCUUUUCCCAUGCAAUUCCACUUCCUGUCCCAUGGAAAGAUCAUUAGUUAUUUUCGAAAAAGUACAACGUUAGUGCAUGUUCUUUUUUCUUCUUUUGAUGAUUAUAUAUACACCAAAUCAUAGUUGGUG